AUGGACUCAGGAAUUACAGAUAAUAUUCGACGUCGGAAACGAAGAGAACUUACAGCAGGACAAAAACAAGAAAUUGUUGAAGCAUUUGACCUUUUUGAUACAGAUAAAGAUCAACAGAUCAGUUAUUACGAAUUCAAGGUUGCACUUCGAGCACUUGGAUUUGAGUUAAAAAAACAAGAGGUUCUAAAAACUUUGGAGGACUACAACAUCAAAGAAGAUUCUGGAAAACUACGAUUUGAAGACUUCAAUGAAAUAGUGACAGAUAUGAUUUUAGACAGGGAUCCUGUCACGGAAAUGGUACGAGCCUUCAAGCUGUUCGAUGAAGAUGAUUCUGGAAAAAUUACUUAUCGUAAUCUAAAAAAGAUCUCCAAAGAACUUGGUGAAAAUUUAUCAGAUCAGGAACUCCGUGCUAUGAUAGAGGAAUUCGAUCAAGACGGAGAUGGUGCGCUCUACUACACUACUCAAUCUUAUUUAAGUACACCAUUUAUUGGAACCCCGCUGAUGGAUAGGCAGUAUUAACAAAGUGGACAUAUUUAAUUCCAAAACGAAGAGAAUGGGUUUGCUGUUACAGUACUCGAUUCUCAAUUGACAGAUCACGGAUUUGAACCUCAUUUAUCGACUCUUGUUUAGGCAGAUAAUUUAUGUCACUUUUCCCUUACACAAUUAAUCUGGAUUAAAGCAAACUUUUACUCGGAAAAUGUGUGCAACUAUUGUUCAAUUGCACAUUAUAUUAGUUUUAGUAUUACUGACUUCUUGAAUGGAUAGUGAAUGCUAUUGAUUUCUGAAUGCAAUAAUUUUAUUGUAGAAGUAUUUAUCCAAUUAUAUUUUAUCAAAUACAAAAGCGUUGUGAUUUUUUUAGGUAUCUAUUAGUAAUUCAAUUUAUUAUAUAUGUAUUUUGAUGCUUCUUAAAACAAUUCAAUAAAUUAUCAAAUAUACGUAUACCACAUUAUUAAUUCUUUCUACCAUUUGACGUGAGCUUAUAUUUAUAGCAUAUGUUUCGGUAGACAGAAUGAUCGAUGUAUUGAUCUGUGUUUGAGAAGAUCUAUUUCUUCUAAUUCAGAAACUACUCAUUUAGUCCCCUGGAAAAUUAAGCUAUAUUUUCAACCAAUAGCAUAUGUCUGUUUCCUCAGAAAGCUAAACCAAAUCUUAACCAACAACAAGUCCUCAUUAACAUAUUUCACUUCUUAUUUGGUCUAUAUCUGAUUAACCUAGAGUAUCAUACAUGGGAUAUGUAUUCCAGUAAAUUAA